CGAACCUUUCUUUCUUCUUUUCUUUCUGCUUUUUUUUUGGUUCGCAUGUGAUAGGUUUUCGAGAAGAAGGGUAUAAAGUGUUCUGCAAGUUUAUCAAACGUCCUUUUCUACCUUAUCGUUUACUACUCUUCAGUCCAAGCUACACUACUUGGUACCCAAACCCCGACCGACUUAACCACUACCGGGUCCACAAUGCCAACUACACCCCCACCCCUCAACCUCCAACCCCGCUGGACAACUGUCCUCUCCCCCCAAACAACCACAAUAACCUACCUCCUCCUCGACACCUCCCUCCCCAUCCCCCCUACCUCCCCUCCUCCUCCACCAUCAGAGUCAAACCCGUACUCCCCGCCAACAACUUACGCCUACACAACCCCCUCCUCGACUUCCUCCGGCAACAGCGUAGGCAUCGUUCUCGGAAUAUCCCUCGGCGCACUAAUACUCGGUGGUAGCGUCGGCGCGUGGGUGUGGUGGGCGGGGAGGAGGAGUAGGGGGUAUGGAGUUUUGGAGCUGGAGAGGGAGAGGGAGGAGGAGUUUUUUUGAUAAAGGGAACUGGGAUUUGGAUUCGGAUUUGGAGUUUUGGGUGGGGGCUUAUACUGUUCAUGCAUACAUACAUACAUGGUUCAUCACUCGCGGGGUUUUGUCUUUUGCUUUUUUUCUUCUUUCUUUUGGGUAUCAUUCACGGCUGUUAGAUAUGGAUUGGGAGGGAAUGAAAGAGGAUAUGAGCAUUAAAACUAUACUACCGUACCAUAUCACACCGUAAUAAAUGCUUCGGAAUGGAAUGGAACAAACAAGC